CCGGACUGUGUCACAGCCAAAGCGCUCCGGGGUCAGGACCAGGACCGCUGUCAGCUAACAGCUAUAUAUGUGUUUGGUGUUUUGGUGUGACAUUAAAUGAACAGUGGUGUGGUUUAAUGGCUCAGUUUACCGGGUGACUGUCCAAGUUGACUGUGUACAGCAGCAGAUGCUCUCCAUGCAGAGGGAUCCUUCCCCCUGAGGCUGCCGGACUGCCCGAUCCUGUCUGCAGCCUCUCUGUCAGCAGGAUGUCCGACAUUGGGAACCAGUCCUGCCUGACCACAGCAGAGGACACGGUCUCUCUCCUGAUGUGUGUGUUUCACGCAUGGGAGGAAUGGGCAGGGCUUGGUCAGCUGGAGGACUACCUGAGUGUUCUGGAGUACCUGCUGUGGGUCUUCACCCCUCUGGCCAUCGUCUUCAUCGUGCCCUUCCUCAUCGUCAUCCUCCUUUACCUGAGUAUACUCUUCCUCCAUGUCUAUAAGAGGAAGAAUCAGCUGAGGGAAGCUUACUGCAACAACCUGUGGGAUGGAGCCAGGAAGACCCUGGCUACUCUGUGGGACGGACAUGGAGCCAUAUGGCACGGCUACGAGAUCCACGGGAUGGAGAAGAUCCCCGACAAAGGCCCAGCGCUGAUCGUUUACUACCAUGGAGCGAUUCCCAUCGACUACUACUACUUCCUGGCUAGUGUCAUCAUCCAGAAGGGACGGACCUGCCACUCUGUAGCUGACCACUUCCUCUUCAAGAUCCCAGGCUUCAAGUUACUGCUGGAGGUGUUCAGCGUGAUCCACGGUCCUCAGGAGGAGUGUGUGCGGGCUCUGAGGAACGGCCACCUGCUGGGCAUUUCUCCGGGAGGAGUGAGGGAGGCUCUGCUCAGUGAUGAGAACUACCCUCUGCUCUGGGGCAAACGCAAAGGCUUCGCUCAGGUCGCCAUCGACUCUCAAGUGCCAGUCAUUCCAAUGUUUACUCAGAAUGUGCGGGAAGGCUUCAGGUCUCUGGGAACACUCAGGUUUUUUCGUUGGCUGUACGAGAGGUUUCGUCUCCCUGCGGCUCCAGUUUAUGGAGGAUUUCCUGUGAAGUUCAGGACCUUCCUCGGUGACCCCAUCCCCUACGACCCCAACAUAGAUGCUGCAGAGCUGGCAGAGAGAGUGCAGCAGGCGGUCCGGUCUCUGAUAGACCAGCACCAGAAGAUCCCGGGGAACAUCCUGCGAGCUUUGUUCGAGAGGUUCUACACCAAACACAAAGAGCGUUAACACCAGCAGAACCGCCACAGACAAACUGUCCAGCGUGUGAUCAGAGCGCUGCAGCGUGCACAGGUGUGGUGGAAUAUUUGCACGGUUUCUUCACUGCCCCCCCCCCCCCCCCCCCCCCCACACCACUGACUGACUGCAGCUGAGGCUCUUUUCACAUGCGUGACGUUUAUAUUGCACGUUUCAGAUGUGUAUUUUUGUCUACACGGACUUCCUUUUUCCCAGGAUGCAUCUGAUUAAAGCCAGACUUCCUACAGUGAUAUCAGACUUGACAAUAAUCAGACCUCAGAAGAAGAUUAAUAAAAAGAUCAUUGUUUUUAUCGGUACACAGAGACACUAUAUCAGAGUUGUUGUGACGUUAGAUGUAGGGACGACACUGGGUAAAAUGCACUCGUUACAACACAGGUGUUACUGAUCUCACCGGACAUCAAGACCUUGAGACACGUGUGAAUAUCUGUAGAGAAGAGGUGUUACCACCUUCAUCAGACAGUUUUCAGAUUCACUUUGUGCGUCUGGUGGUGAGUUUAAAUGUGAAACGGAGCUUUUGUUUUUCACUUUGACACCCGAUCCUCCACCAUCGUCCUGCAGGUCAGCUCUCCUCUAGUCACAUGAUCAGGCUCUGCUGCUCUGUCAUGUGACUCUGCUGCUGCACAGAGCCUACGCUGUCAGGUUAUAACCGUAUCUCCCACUGAGUAUUGAUUACUAGUAUUUUACAAGUGAAAAUUUUAAAUUGAUGAACGUGUGCACUGCCACUGAUACACGCUUUGUUAGUAGGACUGGGUGUUACAAUCCCUGAAGUUACAGCACAACAAUUGGGGGUGUUCUUGGAGCUACAACACAUCUUCAGUUGUGUCCCUCGACGUUUUCAUAGCAGCAGUCGGGCGGAUCCAAUACGCUGAUUAACGAAGGAUCCCGCUGACAUGAGGAGCUAACCCGUGCCAGCCCUGAUUGGCUCUAUUCCCUCCAGUUGAAAAUGAUGGUGGGUGUGUUAUGUGAUCGGUGGUGUGCCUGAACACCGUUGUAACAGGAGUAACACUGACUACCAUGGCAACUGUGGUUAGAUUGUCAGUUAAAAACAUGCAGGAUUCAGACAGUUUAUUGAACAGAGAUGUUUGAACAUUAAGGUCAACAGGAGAUUCAUGAUGUCGGUCAGUCUAUAAAUUGUUUGAUUGCAGUGACUUUACAGACAACUGCUUGUACUGAUGAUGUGUAACAGCACUUUGAGUUUGCACAGCUUCAGCGUCACACACACACACUCACACACACACUAAUGACCAGGCUGCAGGGUCGGACCAGAGCUGGACCUGGUUUAGGUUUGAUGUCUUUAAAGCUGGAGUUCAGUGUCUGAACCAGAGUCACAGAAACACACUGACUGAGCUCAGGUCACAGGAGAAUGACAGCAUGGUGUAGGUGAGAUUAACUUGUUACACAGUAACACAGUGUUUCUUAUAUUGACCAUAUGGACAUAUUCCAACCCUUUUAUUAAUGGAUGAAAUGAUGGUAACCUUUUAUUUUCACGUCUCUUAUUAGUUGUCUAACUUCCUGGAAACUGUCACAAUAAUUUCCUCUAAAAACAAAAUCAGUGAUGUUCCAGUUGAUGUCUCUGUUAACCAGCUGUGACAUGGAGGUGUGACAGAACGUCCUCAGGCACGUUUGGUGUCCAGAUACUUUUUGGGACAAUUUUCAACUUUUUUCCAAAAUAUUUUAUAAAGUUUUAUUACCUAUUAUACUUAUGUACAUAGACACAGAGGCUAAACAAGAUAAUAGUAAGACUCGUAAAUGAAAUUCAGACAUGGCCUGGGUCAGACUGUCACAGAGGUGUUGAUUCACCUCUUUGGUCUUUAUGAAGCUGUACUUUAUGUUGUAUGAAAUGAUAGUAUAUUGAGAGGUGUUCCUAUUAUUUUAUCCAUUGUUGUACAAAUUAUCUGCUGAUAUUUCUAAUAUAAUUGACUACAAAUGACACAUGCUAGAAAACUUUAACUGGGGGGCAUUUUUUCCCCUGUAUUCUGACAGCACAGGGAGGGAGAGAGGGGAUUACAUGCAGGUCAGACCUGAACCCUCUUUAUGGAACAUAGAUGGGAAGGUUUUGAAUUCUGCUCAAAUAAUUUAUCAAAAACUUUUUUUUUUUCUGUCAGUGAACCGUCCACUGUUACCUGAGUGAUGCUCACUGAAAUGUGCAUGUGUAUACACAUAUCUGUGUAAACUGAUUAAGAAUUUGCAUUUUAACUAAUUGAAUAAUUGACAGAAAAAAAAACUAUCGAUUAAUCAAUAAUGAAAGUAAUGGUUAGUUGUAGUAGCCCUGACAAUUGGACUUUGUGGUGGUGAACCUGUGAAGGUGUCAAACUGAGCCGACAGGAGGUCAAGGCGCAGCAGGAUGAUGUUUAGUAAAGAGGGAGACUUAUACAGACAGAAAAACAAAGGUAUGACGAGAUGUCACUUUAAAUUGUGUUGAAAACAAAACAAAUGGAUGACAGUUUGAAUGAUGAGUCCAGCUGUUAAGCAGAAGCCGGAUGGCAUCGGCACUUUGAGCUCCUUCACAACACAAGUAAACUGAUCAAACCUUCGUUAGAAGUGCAUUACAUUUAUUAUCCAUCACUGAGUAUUUUUUCAAAUUGAACUACAGAUACAUAUGUAAAAAAACAGAUGUGUGUGCACGUGUGUGCUUGUGUGCGUGUGAGUGUGAGUGUGCGUGCUUCACUCAGCUAGAAAAUGAAACUUCUUGCCCGACAACUACCUCGGUGUUCAGCCCAAGUCUGGCCCAUAUACUUCCACAUCUGGACAGAUUCCAGCUGUUAUCCUUUGGUACUGACUGACAGCUGGAAGUUUAUUUGUGUUUUGGCGCCAGAAUUGUUCCAGAUGUGGAAGUAGCAUCUUACAGCCAUGCUGUAUAUGGGCCAGAUUCGGGCCGUGGAACCGGGUGUAUACUGGGCCAGAAGAAAACAAGCAUGUGGCCCGAGUAUGGGCCGGAUUUACUUUGCUACCUGCGCAGUGUCCCCCUCACAAAGCUCACGUAUCUUUUCACUGUAAUAUUGAUCAUAUCAGUCCAAAUACUGACUCCUCACUUCAUCAGUGCAGACUGUGUGUUUAUAUGAAUGAAGAAGUAAUAUGAUCCUCAGUUCUUCAUCAUCACAGCUGGAAACUAAACAGGUGUCAUGUAACUUUUUCUACUUUGGAGAUAAAGUGUAAUAAUCAGUGUAAAUAUAUAUACGUGCAUGUGAGUAAAUAUUGUGAUGAACAGAUGGUUUUGCACAUGUAGUCCUCAGAGUAUCAGAACAUCACUGCCAACUCAACUUUAAAGAAGAAGCCUUUGUGUGUCUGACUGAACUUUAACUGGAUGCUUUACUUCUGUCGACUCGUUGCCUUUUUCCAUAUUUAUGUUGUUUCUGUUGAGAUGAUCUAAUAUGUAUUUUUAAAUUAUGGCAAUAUAAUAUAAAUGUUGCACUUUUAAAUAUUGAGAUCCAGUUCAAACUGUUAAUAAAUCUAUUUUAAUAAGA